CCGCUCUCUCAAGAACCUCCGAAUACGAGGGCGGAAUGACAGCGGCGAGGAGAACGUCCCGCUGGAUCUGACCCGAGGUGCAUACCUGUGCAGUGAACUUGUGAUCCUCCUGCCUCAACCACCAGGUCCUGGGAUUACAUGCAUGAACCAGAACUGCCAGCUAAGAUACAGCUCUUAAGUUAAGUCUGUUUUACUGAAACAUAGUCCAAUGGACAGAAUGUAUCUACAAAAUUCAUAUGUGGAAAUACUAAUUCCCAGUAUGUUGGUAUUAGGAGGUUGAGCUGUUGGGAGUUGAUUAGAUCAUGAGGGUAGAACCCUCAUGAACAGAAGUAGUAACUCUACUCAAAGGACCGUAGAGAGUUUAUCUCCUUUCUCCUCUAUGUGAGUGUAUGAUGAGAAGCUGACUAGUUGGCAGCUAGGUUUUAGACAGGUGGGGAGCUCCAGAACCGUGAGAAUAAGUGUCUGUGUAUCCUGAACAUAGUGGCUCACACUUACUGUCUCAGCAUCCUAGAGGUGGAAGAGGAGGACCUACGGUUCCAGACCACGCUGGGCUACAAAGCAAGAUCCUGUCUCAAAAACCAAAACAGUUUCUGUUGAUAAGAUCCUGGGUCUGUGGUACUUCUGCAUUCAUUUAACCUUCUGAUAAUUUAAGGGAAAUUCUCCAAAAUGUGGCUAAAUUACAAGGAGUAUCAAAUAUGAGAAAACUAGGCCAUCUGAAUAACUUUACUAAGCUUCUUUGUGAUAUUGGCCAUAGUGAAGAAAAACUGGGUUUUAACUAUGAAGAUAUCAUAAUUUGUUUGCGGUUAGCUUUAUUAAAUGAAGCAAAAGAAGUGAGAGCAGCAGGGUUACGAGCACUUCGAUAUCUCAUCCAAGAUUCCAGUAUUCUGCAGAAGGUGCUAAAAUUGAAAGUGGACUAUUUAAUAGCUAGGUGCAUUGACAUACAGCAGAGCAACGAGGUAGAGAGGACACAAGCACUUCGAUUAGUCAGAAAGAUGAUUACUGUGAAUGCUUCCUUGUUUCCUAGUUCUGUGACCAACUCAUUAAUUGCAGUUGGAAAUGAUGGACUUCAAGAAAGAGACAGAAUGGUCCGAGCAUGCAUUGCCAUUAUCUGUGAACUAGCACUUCAGAAUCCAGAGGUGGUGGCCCUUCGAGGUGGACUAAACACCAUCUUGAAAAAUGUGAUUGAUUGCCAAUUAAGUCGAAUAAAUGAGGCCCUCAUUACUACAAUUUUGCACCUCCUUAAUCAUCCAAAAACUCGACAGUAUGUACGAGUUGAUGUAGAAUUAGAGCGAAUUUUAGCACCCUAUACUGAUUUUCACUACAGACAUAGUCCAGAUACAGCUGAAGGACAGCUCAAAGAAGACAGAGAAGCACGGUUUCUAGCCAGUAAAAUGGGAAUCAUAGCAACAUUCCGGUCAUGGGCAGGUAUUAUUAAUUUAUGUAAACCUGGAAACUCUGGGAUCCAAUCUCUAAUUGGGGUACUUUGCAUACCAAAUAUGGAGAUAAGGCGAGGUCUGCUGGAAGUGCUUUAUGAUAUAUUUCGUCUUCCUCUACCUGUUGUAACAGAGGAGUUCAUAGAAGCACUACUCAGUGUAGAUCCUGGAAGGUUCCAAGAUAGUUGGAGACUUUCAGAUGGCUUUGUAGCAGCUGAGGCAAAAACUAUUCUUCCUCACCGUGCCAGAUCCAGGCCAGAUCUCAUGGAUAACUAUUUGGCACUGAUUCUCUCUGCAUUUAUUCGUAAUGGACUUUUAGAGAGUUUGGUUGAAGUGAUAACAAACAGUGAUGACCAUAUCUCAGUUAGAGCUACCAUCCUUUUAGGAGAGCUUUUACAUAUGGCAAACACAAUUCUUCCUCAUUCACAUAGCCAUCAUUUGCACUGCCUGCCAACCCUAAUGAAUAUGGCUGCAUCCUUUGAUAUCCCCAAGGAAAAGAGGCUGCGAGCCAGUGCAGCACUGAACUGUUUAAAACGCUUCCAUGAAAUGAAGAAACGAGGACCUAAGCCUUAUAGCCUUCAUUUAGAUCACAUUAUUCAGAAAGCAAUCGCAACACACCAGAAACGGGAUCAGUAUCUUCGCGUUCAAAAAGAUAUAUUUGUCCUUAAGGAUACAGAAGAGGCUCUUUUAAUGAACCUUAGGGAUAGCCAAGUCCUUCAACAUAAAGAGAAUCUUGAAUGGAAUUGGAAUCUUAUAGGGACCAUUCUUAAGUGGCCAAAUGUAAAUCUAAGAAACUAUAAGGAUGAACAAUUGCACAGGUUUGUACGAAGACUUCUUUAUUUUUACAAGCCCAGCAGUAAAUUGUAUGCCAAUCUGGAUCUGGAUUUUGCCAAGUCCAAGCAGCUCACAGUUGUUGGUUGCCAGUUUACAGAAUUUCUUCUUGAGUCCGAAGAGGAUGGACAAGGAUACUUAGAAGAUCUAGUAAAGGAUAUUGUGCAGUGGCUCAAUGCCUCAUCUGGAAUGAAACCUGAAAGAAGUCUUCAGAAUAAUGGCUUAUUGACCACCCUUAGUCAACACUACUUUUUAUUUAUUGGAACACUUUCUUGCCACCCUCAUGGAGUCAAAAUGCUGGAAAAAUGCAGUGUAUUUCAGUGUCUCCUUAAUCUUUGCUCCUUGAAAAACCAAGAUCACUUGCUAAAACUGACUGUUUCUAGCUUAGACUAUAGCAGAGAUGGAUUAGCUAGAGUUAUUCUUUCGAAAAUCCUGACAGCAGCUACUGAUGCUUGCAGGCUGUAUGCAACAAAACAUUUAAGGGUAUUAUUGAGAGCCAAUGUUGAAUUCUUCAAUAAUUGGGGAAUCGAGUUACUAGUGACUCAGCUACAUGAUAAAAACAAAACAAUUUCUUCUGAAGCUUUGGAUAUCCUUGAUGAAGCUUGUGAAGACAAGGCAAAUCUUCAUGCUCUUAUUCAGAUGAAGCCAGCUUUAUCUCACCUUGGGGACAAGGGUUUACUUCUUCUGCUCAGAUUUCUCUCCAUUCCAAAAGGAUUUUCCUACCUGAAUGAAAGGGGUUAUGUAGCAAAACAGUUGGAAAAGUGGCACAAGGAAUAUAAUUCAAAAUACGUUGACCUGAUUGAGGAACAACUUAACGAAGCACUUACUACUUACCGGAAACCUAUCGAUGGUGAUAACUAUGUUCGUCGAAGUAACCAAAGAUUGCAACGUCCUCAUGUCUACCUGCCUGUACACCUUUAUGGACAACUGGUACACCACAAAACAGGCUGCCAUUUAUUGGAAGUACAGAAUAUCAUAACAGAACUGUGUCACAAUGUUCGUACACCAGAUUUGGAUAAGUGGGAAGAAAUUAAAAAACUGAAAGCCUCUCUUUGGGCCUUGGGAAAUAUUGGUUCAUCAAAUUGGGGUCUUAAUUUGCUACAGGAAGAAAAUGUGAUUCCAGAUAUACUAAAACUUGCAAAGCAGUGUGAGGUUCUUUCCAUCAGAGGGACCUGUGUAUAUGUACUUGGACUCAUAGCUAAAACCAAACAAGGCUGUGAUAUUUUAAAAUGUCACAACUGGGAUGCUGUGAGACAUAGUCGCAAACAUCUGUGGCCAGUAGUUCCAGAUGAUGUGGAACAACUCUGUAAUGAACUCUCAUCUAUCCCCAGCACUCUAAGUUUGAACUCAGAGUCAACCAGCUCUAGACAUAACAGUGAAAGUGAAUCUGCACCAUCAAGUAUGUUCAUAAUGGAGGAUGAUCGGUUUGGUAGCAGCUCUACCAGUACAUUUUUCCUUGACAUCAAUGAAGAUGCAGAGCCAGCAUUUUAUGACCGACCUGGACCCAUAAAGGAUAAAAAUUCAUUCCCUUUCUUUGCUUCUAGUAAACUUGUGAAGAAUCGUAUCUUAAAUUCACUUACUUUGCCUAAUAAAAAACAUCGUAGCAGCAGUGAUCCAAAAGGAGGAAAACUAUCAUCUGAAAAUAAGACCAACAACAGACGAAUCAGAACACUUACGGAGCCCAGUGUUGACUUUAAUCACAGUGAUGAUUUCACACCUAUAUCCACAGUGCAGAAAACACUGCAAUUAGAAACUUCAUUUGUUGGGAAUAAGCACAUUGAAGACACUGGUAGUACUCCCAGUAUUGGAGAGAAUGACUUAAAAUUCACAAAGAGUUUUGGUACAGAGAAUCACAGAGAAAACACAAGCCGAGAAAGGUUAGUUGUAGAAAGUUCAACGAGCUCACAUAUGAAGAUCCGUAGCCAAAGUUUUAAUACAGACACUACAACGAGUGGGAUAAGUUCAAUGAGCUCAAGUCCUUCACGAGAGACAGUAGGUGUUGAUGCUACAACUAUAGACACAGACUGUGGAAGUAUGAGUACUGUGGUAAGUACUAAAACUGUUAAGACAAGCCACUACUUGACACCACAGUCUAACCAUCUGUCUCUCUCCAAAUCAAACUCAGUGUCCCUGGUGCCUCCAGGGUCUUCUCAUACACUUCCUAGAAGAGCACAGUCACUUAAAGCACCCUCUAUUGCUACAAUUAAAAGUCUAGCAGAUUGUAACUUCAGUUACACAAGUUCUAGAGAUGCCUUUGGCUACGCUACAUUGAAAAGAUUACAGCAGCAAAGAAUGCAUCCAUCCUUAUCUCACUCUGAAGCUUUGGCAUCUCCAGCAAAAGACGUGCUGUUUACUGAUACCAUCACCAUGAAGGCCAACAGUUUUGAGUCCAGAUUAACACCAAGCAGGAUCGAUUUUAAAAAGAAGCAUGUCGGGGGAAUCAGGAGCUUAAGACCUACAAUAACAAACAACCUUUUCAGGUUCAUGAAAGCUUUAAGUUAUGCAUCAUUAGAUAAAGAAGACUUAUUAAGUCCCAUUAAUCAAAAUACCCUGCAGCGAUCCUCCUCAGUUAGGUCCAUGGUGUCCAGUGCUACAUACGGGGGCUCAGAUGACUACAUUGGUCUUGCUCUUCCAGUAGAUAUCAAUGAUAUAUUUCAGGUAAAGGAUAUUCCUUAUUUUCAGACAAAGAACAUACCUCCACAUGAUGAUCGAGGUGCAAAAGUGUUUGCCCAUGACACAGGAGGUCUUCCAUCUGGAACUGGAGGUCUUGUAAAAAACUCUUUUCACUUACUACGACAGCAGAUGAGUCUUACAGAAAUAAUGAAUUCAAUCCAUUCAGAUGCUUCUCUGUUUUUAGAAAGCACAGAAGACACUGGGUUACAGGAGCAUACAGAUGAUAACUGCCUUUAUUGUGUCUGUAUUGAAAUUCUGGGUUUCCAACCCAGUAACCAAUUAAGUGCAAUAUGUAGUCAUUCAGACCUUCAAGAUAUUCCAUAUUCUGAUUGGUGUGAGCAAACUAUUCACAAUCCCUUAGAAGUGGUUCCUUCUAAGUUUUCGGGGAUUUCUGGAUGCAGUGAUGGAGUGUCUCAAGAAGGUUCAGCCAGCAGCACCAAAAGCACAGAAUUACUACUAGGUGUUAAAACAAUUCCAGAUGAUACACCGAUGUGCCGUAUACUUCUUCGAAAAGAAGUUCUAAGAUUAGUCAUUAAUUUGAGUAGCUCAGUUUCAACUAAAUGUCAUGAAACUGGGCUUUUAACCUGGCCUGGACCACAUCCUCCCGAUCACAGCCUCUCAAGCAGGAAUACAGGCUUGAAUCGCUACACCUGGCUGAAAAAGAACAUUUUCAACUUUACAAGAAAUACUCCAAUGAUUAAGGAGAAGUACCCGCAAACAUUUGAUGACAUAUGCCUUUACUCUGAAGUUUCUCAUUUGCUGUCACACUGCACAUUUAGACUUCCUUGUCGAAGAUUCAUACAAGAAUUAUUUCAAGAUGUACAGUUUUUACAAAUGCAUGAAGAAGCAGAGGCUGUGUUGGCUAUACCACCAAAGCAACCUAUAGUUGAUACAUCUGAAUCCUGACCUCAUAUGUAUGAUGUAUAUAGACAAAUACUUUAGAUAUUCUUAUUUGUGUAUUUCCUAAAAGCCUCAGAAAAUACUGACUGACUGGGCAGCAAAGACAGGAGUAUCUUCUGUGUACUGUUCCAGUAAUUACUGGUACAUGAACAGUUGGAACUGACUUCCCUAACCAGAUCAACUUCCUUUUCUCCCCUGGUGAGCCCAUUGAAGGGUUCGUGAUUCCUUACCACGAUUUUAAGAGUUUCAGUUACCAUCAUAUGCAAGAGCUAAGCACUGAAUACUACAUAGGUUUUCUUUUUUCCAUUUGAAAUGCAUAAUGGCAGUGGAACAAUUGUAGGAUAUGCAGAAGCAACCUUCACACAGUUAUUUCUGAGUUUUUUUUUUCUUUUGGUUCCUUUUUAAAAAAAUUUUUUAAGGUAAAUAUAAAGAUGCCUUGUUAACUAAUUCAUGGAAACUAGGAGUCAGUGUCUGAAAAGCUGCAUCCUGUACCACAAUGGGGUGUGCUGUAAAUGCUAGUAUUAGAGGGGGAAUUUUGGCUCUUCCACGUUUCCUUAAUGUUUGUAACACUACUUCAGAGGUUUGUAACCUCAUGGUGAAAAGAAGAGUCUCAACAAUCCAGGACUUAUAAGUUAUUUUUAUGUUUUUAGACUGCAUAAAGAUGCUUGUUUUUCUCUUCAGUUUUGUUGCAAGUUAUAGGCAAUUGGAACUAAUUAAGGUUUUUCACUACAGUUCCUUAUUAAAAUUUAAAAAAUCACUUUAUUAGUUCAAUUGAAACUAUUUCCCAUUUAAAGAAUGCAUAUAUUUCCAGUAGACUUUUGUGUUUCAUCAGUUCACCCAUAUCAUCAUUGUAAGCUGGACUUGAACAAGCACUAUUAGUUUAGACCCAAAGCAAAGCAAAGCAUUAAAUAAUACUUUGGAUUGCCUGAGGAACGUUUGCCUGUAAUUUACACAUUCCAUGGGAAAAGAAGAGCCAUAUAUACUUUUAAAAAUCAUUAAUGAAAUUCAUUAAGGUUAAAAAUUGUAGUGAUUAAAAGUUGUAGUGAAAAGCCUUAAAUACUAAAUUUUAAAGCAGCAGUAAUUUAAUUUUUAUCAGUGUUCUUGUUUUGCACAAACUAAAUGCAGUGAUAGGUGAGUGUUAGAGUACAGUUGUUGCCUUUGUCACAUUUGUGAAGUCUUAAGUUGAUGAGGGCAAGGUUUUGUUUGUCUAAUUUGUGUAUAUAUAAAAAUACUUGGAAACCUUUGCAGGAAUUAAACAAAUAUGCAAAUUUGUAUAUAAAAAAUAGCAUGACCAUCAUCAUUAGAAUGCUUGUAAAUCUUUUUGAGAUCUACAUAUAAAUAGAAAAAAAUCCAGCUGGACUGAUUAGGAGUUUUUUAAUUCAUUUGUGUAGAUCAUUUUUACACUCAUACAUCAGCUUAGACACAGUCAUAGAACAUUGGCUAAUAUUUUCCCAUGUUGCAGAUUCUUUUUGUAAUGGUUUUGCUCUUUGAGAUCUCUGUAAAGAACCCUGUGAACUAGAAAACCUGACUCACAGAGCCUUUUUUUUUUUUUCCUUUAGUUUUCUGGCACUGAAAGUUCCCAUUGGGAUGAAGCCUUUCAUCUCACCUCCUAACACCUCUUUGCACUUCAGUGAAUUGUUCUUAUGUGCACUGUGUAGCGACUUACAUUAUAACAAAGCAGAUAAGGGCUCUAAGCUGCUGCUUAUGUUAAAAAACGGUUCUUCAGAUUUUCUCUCAUAAAAUUUAAUGAAGGUAAAACAAUAAUUUUUUAACUUUAUCGCUGAACCCACGUGUUUAUUUAAAUGUCAAGAGUACUUCUAAGAAUGUUGCCUGUCACCUUGGUCUUUGGCCUUUCCAGAGAACCAACUGUCAGAGAUACUAGACCAAAUAGGGGUUAAAGUUUCCAAAGGAAGUAAUGUAGUAAUAGUAUUUAUAAUGGGAUUAACAUAUUUUAGACAUUCGUUUUAAACACUACCUCAGUUUAUAGAGUAUAAAAUCUGUGGUUUAAUCUCUCAAAAAUUAACAAUAAUUCUCUUUCAUCACACACAACCAUCCCCAUCCCUCUACCCUACCUAAGUCAUUCAUCCUGAAAUUAAGGCUGUUACUAUUAGUCUGAACAGUUUUUUUUUUAACUGUUACUUUGAAAGAUAUGUAAAGACAUGUAUGUUUGUCAUCAUAUCUGCCUACAGCACUUAUUUUGGGAAGACACUUGGAGCUUUGUGAUUGUCAGUAUACUGAAAAGAAAAGUCUAUGCUUAAAUUUAUAGUGCUAUUUGGUUUAUCCAUGGUUUCACUGACAGGUCAAAUACAUUUUCCUUAAGUACUUGUUUUUAUAAAAGUAGACAUGAUGAAAAAUACUUGCAGUGCCAAGUGAUUAACUUAAGUGUUUAAGAAUAUUAAAUUAUAGCAGAAAAGGUUAGGAAUGGUGUCAGUGGUAAUAGAAAUAAUUGAGAAAAAUCAUCUAUAAAUAAUAGAUAUUACCAGACUGUAGAAUACCAAAAUAAUGUCAAUACUAUAGUUUUUCAAGAUUUUAGAAUUAAUAUUAGUCCAUAUAAAUUUGUACUGUUGGUAAUUAUUGAAUAAUUUGGAGGAAUUUGAACAGUUAUGCUGGUUGUAAACUGUGAAUUUCUAACUGUAAAGUGAAUUGUCAUAUCUAAUUGAAUUUUUUUUCAAGAAACACAUACUCAGUAAAUACUGAUAAAUAAGGAAAUUUAGAGAUUUAGUAUUCAUAAUUAAAUAUGCUCUAAAAUUUCUUACACUUUUAUUCCCUGUUUGUGCUUAGGUAUAUUUGAGGGGGAAAAGUAUGUUCUCCCUAGUAAAAAUUUUUCUAAUAAAGAUUAGUAGCAUAAAGGAAGACAGUGAUAUUAAAAGAGGCUUUGGGAAGUCUAUACACUAUUACCAUGUAAUGUAUAGAAGUCCCUUAGAAAUGGUGGCUUUAAUAGUUUUCAGCUGUCUGAGCUUGAGAUAAUUAAAGCUGAAUUGUUCAGGGCAUGUCACAGUGGGAAAGUACUCAACAUUAAGAUGUCAGUGCUUGUUUAGAUUUGUCUACUGCUAUUUAUAUAAAUUUUUAUUUCAUUACAUUCUGAGGAUGCCUUUUAUCCCCAUAUUAAAGCACAGAUCAUUAAGCAAUAAAAACCAAAUUGUCUGUCAUUCAAAUUAUAAUUGCAGUUAUUUUUUUCAUGGUAAGAGUGAGGUGCUAAUUUUGUGUGAAAAGAACUUGUAAACUACUUUGGGAAAUGUCCCUUGGAAGUAAGGUUGUUUCAAAACCCUUUAGUCCUAUGCUUACAUUUUUGUCUCAAAUUCACAAUCCAUUAAAACAUGGAAAAAAAAGAAAAGAUCUACUUGAGAGACUUAUAAGAAGAGCUGUUUGAAAUGAAUGACCAUUUCAGGUUUUCCAGGAUGUAAGUUGGGAAAGGUCUACAUUGUCCCUGUGUUUACAAAAUACAUUGUUACUGUCUUAAUUUCAAGAGUGUCACUACAGUGAGAGUUUCAUUAGAAAGCAUACCAGUGAAAUUAAUAGCAGUGCUUAUCAAAGAACACUGAAAUCUGUAAGAAUCUUUCCAGAAACAUUCUUUUUUUCUUUUAGUUCCAGGUUCCCAGGGUAGUUUCAUUCCUGGUAGGUUUAUAGGACUCACAGACUGGAGUAUUUCCUCCUUUGGAGUAUUUUUAUAAUUAGGUGGAUAACUGUGCCACAACAUGAAUAAAUUGCACAUAGUUUUUGACUUUCUUUAUAAAAUACAUGAUUUGAAAAAUAUAAUUUAUGCCAAAAAAGCAUAUCUUACCAUUUUGCCACUUAAGUUGGUUGAUUUAGCACAAAAUGCAAAGUUUUGGGGCAAAGGGCAAAGGGAAGAGUAAAAAAAAAGUUUAUAGAUGAUUGUUGAAAGAUGUUCCAUUAUUAGCCUGUCAGAAAUCCAUUGUAAAACAAAUGGUGUAAAUUAGCUUUGAAAAAUGGUAAGGGAUGGAGAAAAAAUCUCAGACUUAAUACUGUCUAACCACAUGAUUUUCUUUUUAUUUAGUAAUACGCUGCUACAUGUUUGGAGGUUCUGGUGUUUGUAGGUCACUGAACAGACAUUGAAAUCUGAUUUAUAUUGUAUAACUGUAACAUAGAAAAAGUAUUUAUAUAUUUUCCGUAAGAAUAUUUCAUUGAGUUGUGUAUAAUUUAAAUAAGAUUUGUCCCCAACUGGUUUUGCUCACCUUGAUUUUUUUGUUGUGGUUUUCUUGUUUUUGUAUAAUGUGUACAGUUUAUGUCAAGGGCAUUAAAAGCCUCCUGAAACAUAAUCUUAUCAAAGGGAUACAUUGUUAAUAAAAUGUACUUA